AUGGUCCACAUUUUGGGCGUAAAUCUGCCUGACAGUCAACUGACGAGGUUCGCCUUGACCAAUUUCUAUGGGAUAGGGCAUAAAACCGCACAUCGUCUUUGUGCACGCCUCCAGAUUCACGACCGGUGCAAAGUUAGAGAGCUCACACCAUUCCAAGUGACGAGUCUGGCUUCCUUCCUCUCCUCGCCCGGCACUUCUCCACCGAUUCCGCGGUACCCCGUCGCGCCUCCGAACUUCGUACCUCCUUCACCCCGAACGUCUCUCCAACCUCUGCAAGCCAAGCUAGAGGCUAAACUAGCGGACAAAAAGGGAAAGGGAAAAGGAAGCGAUCCUUUGGCGAACUUGAAGAUAGAGUCGGAACUGCGCAGAGAGAUCAGGGAGAACAUUGCUCAUCAGCGGAUGAUUGGGAGUUAUGUCGGGAAGCGUCACGCGAUGCAUCUGCCAGUCAGAGGGCAAAACACCCAAAAUAACGCAAAGACGGCCAAGAAGCUCAACCGGUUGGAGAGGUAUUAG